CUUCAGUUCCCAGCGCUCGCCGCCGCCGCCAGCAUGGCCCCGCCGCGCCCGCAGCGCCGAGGUUGUUCAGGAAGGAGAAACUUCACAGGAUUUCGAAAUACGAAACUGAUUCCCAUGGAAACAUCCUCAUCCUCUGAUGACAGUUGUGACAGUUUUGGUUCUGAUAAUUUUGCAAACACAAAAUGCAAAUUUAGAUCGGAUAUUAAAGAAGAACUGGCAAAAAUUUUUCAUGAAGCCUCUGAUGAUGAAUCUUUCUGUGGCUUUUCAGAAAAUGAGGUUCAAGAUGCAUUGAAAUUGGAAUCAGAUUCAGAUGAGAAUGAUACAAGUGCUGAAAGUGAGAUAGAUCAGAGAGGGCAGAAAUGCCCUGUUCCUCUGAAAGUAGCCAUGAAGUUUCCACUUCGAAGAUCAGAGAGGAGGAAGGGUGGCAUGGAACCUGUUCCUGAAACACCAAUGCCUGCUUCAGAUUCAGACUCUGACACUGAAGAAAGUGGUGCUAUGUUUUUAGAAAAAAGAGCUUUAAACAUAAAGGAGAACAAAGCAAUGCUUGCAAAACUGAUGGCUGAGUUGCAAAAUGUUUCUGGUAUCUUUGGUGGGAGAAAAUCGUUGCCAGCUGUCAGUCAUGGACCAAAGCGACUUCCAAAGCAUUCAUUGCCCAAAUGUGCCUUGAGGAGGAACCCAGACCGGAGUUCUCGGCCUCACACAAGGUCGAGGUCAUUGAUUGAAGGUCCUCCUACUCUUGUACCAGAAGAGGAAGAAGAUGACCGGUACAUCUUGGUGAGAAGAAGAAAAAUGUCUGAUGAAUACCUGGAGCAUGAAGCCCGCACUCCCAGGAGGGGUCACCGUGGUGCCAUGGCUUUUCCACACGUCGUGCGCCCAGUUGAGGACAUAACAGCAGAAGAGCUGGAUAAUAUUUGUGGAUCUGCAAGAGAAAAAGUAUAUGACAGGGCUAUGGGAUCGACCUGUCACCAGUGUCGCCAGAAAACCAUAGACACCAAGACAAAUUGUCGUAACCCUGAUUGCGUAGGAGUGCGGGGCCAGUUCUGUGGGCCGUGCCUCCGCAACAGAUACGGGGAGGAUGUCAGAGCAGCACUGCUGGACCCGACGUGGAGGUGCCCCCCAUGUCGUGGAAUCUGCAAUUGUAGCUUCUGCAGACAACGAGAUGGCCGUUGUGCCACAGGUGUCCUGGUCUAUCUGGCCAAGUACCAUGGGUUUGACAAUGUCCAUGCCUACUUAAAAAGUCUGAAACAAGAACUUGGAAUGGAAGACUGA